AGGUAUAAAAAAAGAGCUGUCUCUCUUCUUUGUCCACUCCCUACUGCUCCGUCGAACCGUGCAUCUCUUCGCACUUUUUCUCUUCGUCUUACUCGCCGACCUGCAAAGCAGCAACCAUGACCCAGCUGGAGACAGCCAUGACUAUCCUGAUGCAGACCUUUGAUACCUACGCUGGCACAGACGGAAAGAAGGACUCGUUGAGCAAAGCCGAGGUCAGGACCCUGCUGGAGAAGGAGCUGCCCGGACUGCUCAAGUCGGCAAAGAACCAAGGAGAGGUGGACAAGCUGCUGAGUGGACUGGACUUCAACGGAGACGCUGAGGUCGACUUCAGUGAAUUUGUGGUGAUGGUAGCUGCCAUUACCUGCGCCUGCCACGACCGUGUCAAGAAGUGAGCCGUCGCCACCAUCCUCGUCUGGGCCCAAGUGGAGUCAACAAAAUUAUUAAAAACCCCUGUUACUGUUAUUUGUGAAAAUCAAAUAAAGUGCCUAAACUAA